UCUCCUGUGGGCACUGGCGUGCGGCUACUUCGCUGAGCUACGGCGUUCAGCUAGCAAACUGGGAGGUUGCGGACCGGAGGAAGUUCUUUGGGGCUUUGAGUGGGUCAGAAGUUGGAUGACUGCUGUUCGGAAAAGCCUGCCAGCUGAAAGAUGUUCAGGAUGGAGUUAUAUGCUUGGCUGUUGACACUCUGCGUGGCUGCUGUGUCUGCCGAACAGUGGCACAAAGACCCCCAGCUGAACAAGCAUUGGGAACUAUGGAAGAAAAAGCACAGCAAAGAAUAUCAAAAUAAGAAUCAGGAAGAUCUGCGCCGAAUGAAUUGGGAAAAGAACAUACAACUUAUCACACUCCACAAUCUCGAAUAUUCGCUGGGCCUGCAUUCUUAUGAACUCGGCAUGAAUGACUUAGGAGAUAUGACCCACGAGGAAGUAAUGUCGCAGCUGACAGGCUUGAAAAUCCCCUCUUGGUGGAACCAAAAUUCUACGUGGCACAAAUCAAUCUCGGGCAUCGGUCUUCCUGAUGCCGUAGACUGGAGGGAUAAAGGAUGUGUCACAGAUGUGAAGAACCAGUAUGCGUGCGGUGCUUGCUGGGCCUUUAGCGCGGUUGGUGCUCUGGAAGCUCAGUUAAAAAUCAGAACCGGCAAGCUGGUAUCGCUCAGCCCGCAGAAUCUGGUCGACUGCUCCAAUUUCUACGGAAACCACGGUUGUAACGGAGGCUACAUGCCUGCUGCUUUCCAGUACAUCAUUGAUAAUCACGGUAUCAACUCGGAGGCUUCCUACCCAUAUACGGCCAAGGAUGGACAAUGUCACUAUAAUCCUGCUGAGCGAGCUGCGACCUGUUCUCGAUAUAUUUUGCUUCCAUCCGGAAGUGAGCUGUUCCUGAAAGAUGCUCUAGCCAAAAUUGGACCCGUGUCAGUUGCUAUCAAUGCAAACCAGCCGACAUUCUUUCUGUAUAAGCAGGGAGUUUACAAUGAUCCCAGAUGCACCGCUGAGCAUUUAAAUCACGCCGUCCUGGUCAUCGGAUACGGAACGGAGAACGGCAUGGAUUAUUGGCUUGUGAAGAACAGUUGGGGAGUCAAUUUUGGCCAUCAAGGCUACAUAAAAGUUGCAAGAAAUCAAGGGAAUCGCUGCGGCAUUGCCAGCUACGGCUCGUAUCCGCUGAUUUAGAUGGCAUCUCCAGUUGGCAGUGGACAUAUUCUUCGCUUGAGGCAUCUAAUCUUAGGCUUUUAAAUAUAUAUAUAAAUCCAACUGUUGCAUUUGGGAAGAGCGAUUAAUUGCCAAGACCCAGAUCCUUCGGUUCCUUCGGCUCCACCUGGUAGAUCUGAGACAAGCAGCCCAAACGAGGGUUUAUCUGGGUUUAGUUCGGUAUUUGCUAACGAUCCCAAGGGCACCGCCAGGCUUAAUCGGUUAAUAAGGUAAUGUCUGCCAAUCUGCUUUGAACCGCCAACGAGCGCCGGGUAAUUGUCGAGGAUUUCCAUUCUGGCCGCCUGAAAACGGGUUGGAAUAAAAGCAGCGUCGAGAGUUUGCAUUCAGGGAUGCAAAGCGAAGGCGUCUUUAAAGCGCGGCCAUUUGCAAGAUGGCUUCUCGUUCUGGAAAGAGUUGGACGCAGACAAGUUGCGCGUCGGUCUCCUUUAAGGAAGAAAAGAACCAUUGCACAGAAUGAGACGUCGUUUGCAAGAAUUUUUUCGGCCGCUGCCUUUUCUUCUUGCCACUUACGCUUGAUCCUUUCUGAACCUGGCUGAAACUUCAUUCCAAAACCCAGAUUAAACCCUGGCCUAUAUUAAAGAUGAUUAAAUGC